CGCCACAAAAAAAGACAUUGGUCCCCUGCAUCCCGCACCUGGGCUGCUCCACUUUCCUGCUCCAUAAGGCGUCUUAGUGGCGCGGUGGUUGUGGGUGGGGUUUGAAUGAGCCUGGCCAGUUUUGGCUGGGUUUUGGGCCCCCCGCAAGAAUGACACCCCAUAGUACCUCAACGGCGAGCUAGAUUUCCGUCGCCCGCUUGCUUUAGGUUGAACCCGACGGACCAGGAAAGAACAACCUCGUGCAGGCGGGACAGGCGGGAAGGGACGAUGGGCCCUGCCUAAUAAGACUGAGGUGCGUGCCAGUCAGUGCCAGCCAGGGCAGUGGUGACGUGCACUCGCCCAAACGACAUGGAAGUCUACCGCACACCACAUUGCAACAUUGUUGGACCAUCCAUUGGACGGCAAGCGCCUCCCCCUCUGAGCUGCCUUCCUCCCACUGCACCGGGCGUAUCUGAACUUUUUGUUUACUUGCCGGCCGAGUGAUGAUCAUUACCCCUCCGGCCAUCAGCUGCUUCUGCGGCGAGAAGGAAGACGAGAGAGGAGGUGCGAUAGUUUUCUUCUGGCGUUCGCAAUCCCCACUAGAUCCCCUCCACCCGACCUCCACUGACCUCCAGCUGCCACUCGAGGCUCGGGCCAGGAGUCGUCGGGCUUGGCACGCUGCAACUGAGGUGGAAAGCUGGAACGAGGGGAGGGAACCUGCGGGCUGCUGCAUUUCUCAGCGACGUUCGGAUACAUCUCAUGCCUUGCAUUGUUUAUACGCACCGGACUCCCGGCCUGUCAUAAGCUCGCUCGGCCCACAAGGCCACCAAGGACCGUCGAAUAGCCUUUGCCACUGCAGUCGGCCCAGCCCCCCUGCAUCUAGACGUAUACUAGGCACCCAGGCUAGAACCACCUUGGUGUUGAUUUCGGUCUUGGUCGAUUUGGGCGUGUCGUCGGGAACGCCAGGCCGAGGUGCACCAAAGCUACCUACCUAUCUUAUCAUCAUCAUGUAUGUACAUACACUCGUACCUGUACCCGAAAGCUCCUCUCCCGCGCCGGUUAGGAUAGCUAUCUACCUAGAGAAUGGGUGCCGUGUGCGCUCGAACGACUAGCAAAUAGGUACAAUACUUCGGCCGCAAACUACCUACCUUAGCUUAGCUUAUUGGCUGUGCUGUACGACGACGGUGCCGCCUCAACGGUGUUGGCACGGUAUAGAGAGAGAGCUAGUGUCCACAUUCACGUUCGAUGUCUUCCAUUUCUGUGUCGGUGUCUCGGUCUAAGUCCAUAUGUUUGCUUCGCUCGCCUUUCGCUGUCUUGGUCCUGGGAGGAGCCAAGGGCGUACUACUCCCUCCCCCCAGGCUUUCCACGCAAUGUCUUGUCUAUCCCGUGUGGCGACCAGUCCAGUCUCUCGACAGCAUUGACAGCACGCACCUGGUAUCACGGCAUAGGCCUUUUCCCACUGCAACCGCAGCAGCAGCAGCACCCAGCCAUGCCCACGAGUACUGCUAGUCUGCCGCCCUG